AAGAAUUGGAGGGGUUUUAGAAGGUCCUUCAGAGAUAUUAGAAAAGACUUUAUCUCCGGAACAGAAGGUAUCAUGGAAAAUGAGUCCAAUAAAAGAAUCUCCGUGUAAAACAAGUAAAUAAAGUUUUUUCAUAAAAAAAGAAAAGAAUGACAUAAAAAGGGCCGUUUGGGGAAAUUUUAUCACUGUUUAAGACAGAUAAGGACGAGGAGAAGCAUAAUGAAGGAUUAGAUCCAACUAUUGAUCUUUGGAAACGAUAUGGAACUUCGUCAACAGAUAGUAUAGAUGGAAAAGUAGAAGAUGUAUCCUUAAAACCGCUUGAUGAAAAGGUUUCUUCCUUUUUUGAACCUCAAAAAAUACCUACGACUCGAAGAAAGAGAACAAUAAGAAGUCUAGAGAGUAGUAAUGAGCUAUUUGCCUCUGAAACUAGUCAUUCUAUGGAGUAUUUGGUUAAUCAAUUAAAAACCUUUCUUCCUGAGCCAUGGAAGAGGUUACAUACACAAAAAACAAGUGUAUCUCUACCUUCAGAAGAUAUGCAGCUGCCUAAGCAGGCAAUGGAAAUGAAAAUGCAUACGGAAAUUGAGAAAGACAAUGAAGAAUUUUUUAUGGAAGAACAGAUGUUGUUUCAAAAGGAAGAAGCAUUUGAUGAAUUUUCAGAAACUUUAUCUGAUGAAAUAGAAGAAAUUUCUAAGUGUUUUGACAGAAAUAUAAAAGAAAAUACAAAGGAAAUGGAAAGAAUUGUUGUAUUUGAUAAUCCGUUGAUUGAAAAGUCUGAAGAAAUAGGCAGAAAACAUGAAGAAUUGAGUUUAGAGGCAAAUCAAGUAAAUAUUGAUUUUUUAAAGAAUUAUACAGAAAAAAAUAAUGAAAAAUCAUCUGAAAGAAAUGAAGUGAACAAAUUAAGUGAAAAUUUUUCUUUGGAAGCAGAUCCUGUACAAACAUCUUCCUCAGAUGAUAUAUUGGACGAUUCUUUUACAGAUGAUAUGUUAGAUGAAGAGAUAGAGGCUGUUUUGUCUGCGCUAGAUACAUGCAAAGAGGUUGAUAUAGAGGAAGUUAAAGCAAAAAGUGUUGAAUUGGAUGUUCCAGAGGAACAAUAUAUUUUUGAAAAGAAUAAAAAUGAAAUUUUUGCUUCAAAUGUUAAAAAUGAGAUGGUAUCUGAUUAUUAUUCUAAGAAUAUGUCUUUGAAAGAAUAUGAUGCAUGUAAUGAUGAGAAGAAGAAUCAUUCAUUCUUAAAUUAUAAGGUUUACAACAUAAAAGAAGAACCAUGGAUUGAUUCUAAUGGAUAUAAAGGGUUACAAAAGGUUGUUUUAAGUCAAGAAAAACAAACAAUUUUAUUAAGACAAGAUUGGUUUUUUACGCCAAUUGAAAUAGGUGAUUAUUUAUAUCUUCAUGGAGAAUAUGAUGAGAAUGGUAUUUGUAUUGUAGAUAAUUCUCAUUUUCUUGUGAUUUUAAAUCCAGACUUUUUAGUAUCAUGUACAUCUGUUGCUACUUCUUAUUCAUGCAUCAGGAGAAUAAUCCUUCAGGAAAGGGUAAAAAUUACAGAUAGUAUAUCAAAAAGUCAAAUUUAUGGAAAAAUAUUGCAUCGUCUUUUUCAAUUGUGUCUUGAAAAUGAUAAUUUUAGUUUAUCUUUUUUAAAAGAAAAAACAAAACAAUUAGUAUUAGAUAAUCUGGAACAUUUGGAUAUUGUAGGAGAAACUAUAGAAAAUGCAAUGAAACAUAUUUCUGGGAAAUUUUCUAAUCUACAAAAAUGGGCAUCUAAAUAUUUUUUAAAUACUCCAGAAGAAAAUUUAUAUAUAAAAUCUUUUAGGAGUAGAAGAUCUGACACUUCUCAUAUAUCUAUUAACAAAUUACUAAGAGCUGAAGAACAUAUUUUAUCUCCAAAAUAUGGAUUAAAAGGAUAUAUUGAUGUUACAGUUCAAUUGGCUGUCAAAUCAGACAUUGAUUUACAAUAUUCGAUAGCACCUUUUGAAUUAAAAACAGGAAAUAAUAUAUAUGUAAUGCAGCAUCGGGCUCAAACAAUUCUUUAUACACUUUUAUUAUCUGAAUAUUAUGGUAAAAAUGUUGAAUUUGGAUUGCUUUUUUAUUUGGAAAAAGGAGAAACCAUUCAAGUUUUUCCUGUUCAUGAUGAAAUUCGUGGACUUAUUAUUACCAGAAAUAACAUUGCAAAAUAUCUUAAGAAUAAUCAAGAAUUGCCGUCUAUGCUUAAAAACAUGUUUGUUUGCAAAAAAUGUCCUAUGCGUAAACCUUGUUUUGUUUUUCAUAAGGCUAUCGAAUUAGGAACAGCUGAAACAAGCGGUUUAGGGCAAUACUUUGAUGAUGAAACAAAUAGUAUAACAUCAAAAGAUAGUUAUUUUUUUCAAUAUUGGGAUUUUAUCUUAUCAAAAGAAGAAAACGAGAUAUUUCGUUUUAGAAAGGAAUUAUGGACUAUGACUAGUAAAGAGAGAGAGAAGCAUGGAAGGUGUUUAAGUAAUCUUAAAAUUAAAAAAAUUCAUUCUAUUUCUGAAGAAGAAAUUUUAGGAUAUAUUGAUCAUUAUGUAUAUACGUUAGAGAAAUGUUCUUCAUCCAAUAAUGAUGAUUCUUUACUUAAUUCAGAAAUAAGUUAUAAUGAUUUUAUUAUUGUUUCAGAUGAAAAUGGUCAUUAUGCUCUUGCAUACGGAACUGUUAUUAAUAUAGAACCAAAAUUUAUUACUAUUUCACUAAAUCAGCAAUUGUAUAGUCCAACAAGUAUUUUAAGUGAUCACGAUGUUCAGUAUACUCAAAUACCUAAAAGCUCUAUGCUCAAAGUUUUUAAAAAUGAUUUUAAUAAACUAGAUGAUAAAAAUAUACUAUAUCGUAUUGAUAAAGAUGAAUUUAAAAGUGGAAUAUCAUUGGCAAGAGAUAACUUAACAAAAUUGUUAUAUUUAGAACAAGAAAAACGCAGAAGAGAAUUGAUUAUAAACUUAUAUCCUCCUAAAUUUAAUUCAAUAUUAACUGAUUUUUUUAAAAUACCCGAGUACGAAAAGUUAAAUAAUGAUCAAAAAAAGGCAAUUUUAAAAGUGAUGACAGCUUUGGAUUAUACUUUAAUUUUAGGUAUGCCAGGAACAGGAAAAACCACAACUAUAACAUAUUUAAUUCAAAUUUUAAUUGCGAAUAAUAACACUAUCUUGUUAGCUUCUUAUACACAUUCUGCUAUUGAUAAUAUUUUAUUAAAAUUAAAUAUUAAAAAAGAAAAUGUUUUAAGAUUGGGUUCAAUUGAACGAAUACAUCCGGAUCUCCGAAAAAAGAUCAUUACUGAGGAAUAUGUUGUUAAUGAUUCUGAAUCAUUCCAAUUAAAGUAUAUUAGACCAUCUAUUGUCGCUACUACAUGUCUUGGUAUUACACAUUCAAUUUUUUCUAGAAGAACAUUUGAUUAUUGUAUUAUUGAUGAAGCAUCUCAGAUAGUCUUGCCUAUAUGUAUUGGCCCUUUACGUUUUUCAAAAAAAUUUGUUCUUGUUGGUGAUCAUUACCAAUUGCCACCUUUGGUACGGAGCAUUGAUGUGGCAAAUCAGGACAUAGAAACGAGUCUUUUUAAACACCUUUUGGAUACAAAUCCAUCUGCUAUUGUAAAUCUUGAAUAUCAAUAUAGAAUGAAUAAGGAUAUUAUGCUUCUUUCUAAUACAUUAAUAUACGACGGAAAAUUAAAAUGUGGAGAUGAAAAAAUUGCAUAUAAAUUACUUGAUUGUGGUGAUUUUCAGAUGUUAGAUGCAUUACAUUUAAAAGAAGGGAAUGAAUUUGCUUGUAACAUUAAUGAAUGUUGGAUUAAAAAAAUAUUAGAACCUAGACUUUCAGUAGUAUUCGCAAAUACUGAUUAUGUUCCAGCACCUGAAUCUAGAAAAGGUGAUAGAAUACAAAAUGAAGUUGAAGUUCAGCUUUUAAAACAAGUUAUCAUUUGUCUUUUGAAUCAAGGAAUAUCAGAAUCAGAUAUUGCUGUUUUGUCUGUAUAUAGGUCUCAAAUUAAAUUAAUUCAACAUCAUUUUAGACAUUUUGAAAAAAUAGAAACCGAUACUGCUGAUAGAUUUCAAGGUCGAGAUAAAAAUUGUAUUAUUAUUUCAUUUGUAAGAUCAAAUGAUAAAAAUGAGAUAGGUGAACUUUUAAGGGAUUGGAGAAGAUUAAAUGUAGCAUUUACAAGAGCAAAACUUAAACUUAUUUUUUUCGGUUCAAAAUCUACCUUAGAAAAAACUGGGAUCUUUAAUCUUUUUUUUGAUCUUCUAAAACAAAAACAAUGGAUUUAUCAUCUACCAAAAAAUGCUCAUCUUUUACAUUUUUUAGAUGACUUUAUAAAACAAACAAAUAUUAAAAAGUUACCUAAAAAAAAAAUAGAUCAUAUUUCAAAGAACUGUUCUCUUCUAAAGACAAUCAUGCAUGCUUUAUAA